ACAUUCCAGGUAAGAGACACUGGGAGAAAAAAGGUUUCAAAGAAAUGUAAAGGACACACAGCUCUACCACUCACAUCAGGCUUCUUCAAUUAUGUUACAAAUUAUGCUACAAGUAUGAAUAUUAACAAAAAACGAACAAACCAAAUGGACUGUAUUUAAAUGUGUUCUAUAUGAGUAUUGUCAUUACAGUACUUAUAUUAAGCAUACCCUGCAGCCCCGCACAGAUGCAAUGCUUUAUUUCAGCAUGUGGCUGGAAAACAAGACUUUCACUGCCCACCACAAUCAAGCAUAAAUUUCCAAAAUAUGUUGAGCGACAAAAAUUUCAUUGAAAGGGUUUAACGAACUUUAACAAGGUUCAGGUCAGCUACAGGUAAGGAUAGAGCUGCUUUGUCUUGCAAAGCAAUGAUUUGCUUACCCGGCUUGAUGGAAGCUUUUAAAAUUGUUUCUGAGGCAUAUGUGGUGGGGAUUAGGUAGGCUGACAAUGCACGCAGUAAAAUUAGUCAAGCCCUCCAUGAGGGCAACUGCAUAUCAUUUUUCCAGUGAAAAUGAAAUAUGUAAACAACACUUGGCUCACAGCUCAACACACACGAAAGACCAACAUCCAAAACUAUUUCUCUGCAACACUGAUUCAUUCAUAACUUUAUUGGCAUGCAGGCUGCAUUAAGUUUACAGAGGAAGACAAAACCAAACAAAAGAAGGGAGGCACGCAAAUGAAUUCAGUCAGACAUGCACACAUCAAUGAAUGACUAUGGCUAAGGAUGCUGUAACUUAUUCAACAGCUUGACCCUUCAAACUUUCAGAAUUUAAAGCCCAGCCAAUAAACAAAGCACCUUUUAAGACAGGCUGACCUAAGGAAGUAUGGCAAAAAUCCUCCAUACACAAUUUAGUGUAUUACUAAAAAUCACACAGCGACAUUACUGCUUUAUAAUAACAGGUGAACACAUCACACAGAUAAAAAAACUAAAAAAACAAAACACAAAUAUUAAACCCGUGAGCAUCCAGCAGGGGAUCUAUUGUGUGGCCGACUCAGUGGGUGUGAACUCCGGCCAUGUGCUCUGUACAACACAAGAGAGAUAAUCUCAGAAGCUGACCAAGCAGCAAACAACCUCUGUGCGUGCGGCUCUGAAGUCAGUUACUCUGCUGUUGCUGGUACCACAAAUGACACAGGGCAACCGCUAGCCGAGCGCCUUAUCAUUAAGUUGGUGAGCAAAUGAGCCACAAUACUGCUUUCAGCACUAUCUCAACGACUUGUGAAGAAGCAGAGGAAGGUACAAGACAAAGCGGCGUUGCGGAUAACUUGCUCUGUACACCUUGAAGUGAACAGCUUUGGAAAUUAACUGAAAAUAGCCUGGAGCAAUUCUAAGGAAAAGAAUGAAAAGAGAAAGACAAAAAAAGAGAAAUGCAACACACUGGAGUCUGGAUGGAUUGUAUUAACCAAGCUCGUAGCAGCUGUUUCGGAAACAAACAACCACAUGGGCGCUGAUGUAUAAACUUUUACAUCUCCACCUAAGGACUACGGACAGAACUGCCUCUAAGGUUCCAAGUUGCAGACCCUUCUCCCCUGAAUGUAAAGCUUUUCUGCCCAGCACGGAGACAGAAGAAUGGUACCGACGUGAUUGCCAGGUGGAAAGUUAUAUUCUGAACAGUCAUGUGCAGUGUUCCUAUUUGACCAGAGACCUACACUUUAUCACAAAACCUCUAAGUCGCGAGGAGGAGGACUACCCUUUAGCGUUUAUUGUAACUGUCCACAAAGAGCUGGAGAUUUUUGUGCGCCUGUUGAGGGCCAUUUACAUGCCACAAAACGUCUACUGCAUUCACAUGGAUGCUAAGACUCCGUGGGAGUACCAGGAGGCCGUACGGAAGCUGGUCGGCUGUUUCCAAAACACCUUCCUCUCCAGCCGGAGCGAGAUAGUGACUUAUGGUGGGUUUUCUCGCCUGCAAGCGGAUUUGAACUGCAUGAAAGAUCUAAUUAAGUCCAAGAUAGGCUGGAGGAAGGUGGUGAAUCUGUGCGGACAGGACUUCCCUGUCAAGAGCAACCUGGAACUGGUGCAGUACUUGCAAAGCAAAGAGUGGAAGGACAGAAAUAUGACGCCAGGCGUAAAGCAGCCGGCUUCUAUGAGACACAGGACACAACUCCAGCACAGGGAGAUCAUCGGGUCCCAUGUUGCUCCUAAAGGGUUUGGACUGAUGAAAGGCCCUUCUCCACACAACCUUCAAGUUUACUUCGGAACAGCGUACUACGCUCUCACAAGGGAUUUUGUAGACUUUGUUCUUAAAAGCCAAAUAGCCAAGGACCUUUUGGAGUGGUCCAAAGACACAUACAGUCCGGAUGAACACUUCUGGGUGACACUCAACCACGUCAAAGAAGCUCCAGGCAGCCACGUUGAUGGAGAUUGGGAAGGAGAUAUUCGGGCAAUCAAGUGGAGGGACCAAGAGGCACGUAUGCACAACGGUUGCAAAGGGAAAUACGUGCGAGACAUCUGUAUCUACGGAAUUCAAGAUCUGCCAUGGAUAAUCGAUAAGAACAGCAUGUUUGCCAAUAAGUUCGAGAGUAACACCUUUCCUGAGGCACUAGACUGUCUGGAGCAGUGGCACAGGAACAAAGUGCUGAAUCAAGCAGCUGUUCCCAUAGAACCAUCCUGGCUGCUGGCUACACCAAGAAGCUCAAACAGCAGCAGCAGCAACAGCAGCAGCAACUACUUCAACAGCAGUGCCUGAGCAUGAAGUUACUGUCGGGAUACAUGUGGAUCAUUUUACCAUUUUGUGGCUUUCUAUGUCAAAAUGUGAGCAGAUGAAUCAUGUGAAUAAAUUAUUGAUUAAAUUACAGAUUAAAGAUAUAUAAUUAUUCAAUAUUGUUCAGCAUGUUGUACAGUUUUAUUUAAUGAUUAAGCAGCAAACAAAUAAAAUUAUCAUGGAAAAUAAAGCCUCUAAACUUGGUUUGUUAAGUUACGCAGUAAAAUUGGACAAAUUCAUUCAAGGUGAAUGCACAUAGUGUACAAUGAAACACGAGUGGCACUGAAAAGAGCAACUUGAUCAUGUCAUUUCAAAAAACAUGUAGGAAUAAAUAAGAUGUGGUUUAUGGGUCAUGGGUUGUAACAAUGCCCUAAAUUAAAGUAAGACAAGAAAGGAAUAUGGCUUAGAGUUCUGCCCAGUACUUUAUAUUUUUAUCAGUCCUUCACAAAACUGAACUUCUGAAUGUAAGGAAUAUGAAAUUUGACCUGAAUGAAUAUCAAUUCUUACAAAAACUGUGCAAAAAGCGUAAUAAAGCGUUUAUUCUAUGAGUUAAACAUAACCAUGGUUCAUAUAGCAGCUUUAGGGGUUUCGCUUUAAAGUGUGAAGUCAAGCUAUAUUCUCUCUCUCUCUCUGUCUGUCUACUAUAUUUUUAGAUGUUCACCAAAAUUGUGAGCAACUGUCAACACUAUGUGGUCAGCCAAAUUCGUAUCGGUUUGAGUUGAUCUAGAAAGUCAGCUUCACAUGCUAAGCAUGGCAAGUUGCUGGUUAAACAACUGAUCUAAUUCUCAUCUGUGAUGCCUUCCCUUGUACAAAAAUAACAACAGUGGUCUGCUGCUUCAAAAUAGCCCCUGCAUGAGAAAUACUGACCAUAUUUUUGAGGCUACUUAAAACCAUAUAGGGCUCAAAAUAAGCCUUUUCCUGUGAGAUCCCAGUGUGAUGCUAAAUUGGAAACAUCUUGAAAAGCGAAACAGUGAAGCUAAAUAUGGGCAAAAUACACACACACACACACACAUAUAUAUAUAUAUAUAUAUAUAUAUAUAGAGAGAGAGAGAGAACCACUUCUUUUCCCUGUUAGCCUAAUACAUUUCUAUGGAAAGCUCUUAAUGUAAUUAUUAUCUUAAUUUCCAUUUCGAUUUCAGGGUCCAGGAAGCAAGAGCUUGAUGACUCCAUCAUGAAAGACUCUCAGCCUUUAACUGUGGUGUCUGAUCCUGGGUUCUGUGCAUCGGUGACAUACGUUCUCCCCUCUAGACAGGCUCAUCAAGCCAUGGCGGAGAAGCGACAUGUAGAAGAUAAGGAGAAGUCUAAGUCGCUAACAGUGUUUUUCAAGUUUUACUUCUCUCAUACAUGAUGUCAGUAUUUGCUCAUGUGACCACCACAUUCGGUGUGACAUGCUCUCUGGGUUUUACUUACUUUUGUGUGUGUUUGUCUCCUUCUGCGCAGAAUAUUUGCAAAUAAACCAACAAAAGUGAUCACCGAGUCUGAAUCAUUCCCAACUUCUCAACAACCCUCACUUGCUGAAUUUUUCCAUGAAAGGCGUCAGCAUCACAGCAUCACAUUUGGGGGUACGCCCUGUCCCAAAGUUGCUGGAAGAUGCGUGUGAGAUGCCUUUUGACUGACACGGCAGUUAGGCAUGCUGUCUGCAUUGCACAUGCUAUCAACCUUAUUGUAAAAAAAAUCCACAGACGCCACUCCUGGCCUUGACGACUUCAACAAGUACUACAAGGGUUAGGGGUUAGGGAAAGAUUGCAGAAGAUGCAAGCGCAAAUGGGACGCAGUGUCAUGAAGCUCAAAAUAGAGGUGGAGACUCGUUAGAAGAGUAAAUAGGAGAUACUGCAGUGCCAGUGUGAGAUAAGGGAAGCAGUGGCAGCAGCUCUUGCAACACUGACCACAGAUUUAUCUCUGGUGACAACAACAACAGUCAACACUCAAGUGUGUAACAAUUAUUUCAACAUGUCACUGUCACCAUUGAGCUAUCUCAAGAUCACAUUUCAUAAAAUGAUCAGCCACGAAUGACAUGGCAAAACAGCUGGGACUAAACCUAAUCCAAAUACUGACAGAAAAACUGUCUGGGGUGGAGAGCUCGAGCAUCAGUUCUCUUUCAACUCUGCUAGAUCGAAAGUUCAAAACUCUCGCUGAUGCAGCACAGCACCACUUGGAGUCUGAGUGUACUGUGAUGUGUAGCGAACCAAUUUUCAAUACAAUGGUUCAGAAGGGUUCAAAGCUUCAUGAGGCCUCGUUUGGCCAUCAUUACUUCUGUUCUUCUUGUUCACAUGUGUGUUGCGAAACUGUAUAAACUUCAAAAUCAAUCCAAUGCAGGCCUAUAAGCUUAACAGCUGAAGAGCUCUGCAAUGUUUUAACAAAAUAAACAACCAGCCAGCAAACCUAAAUCGUGGUGUAGAACUUGAAUAUCCACACAGUCACAACAAAUACUAAAUCAAAAUUCUGUUUCCCUCAGCUUUAUCAAAUCACACAAAUCUCUUCUCAGUUCAGUACUUUUAUGUGACACGUUAAGUCAUAUUCAUUAACAUUUCGUUUUGGUUUCUGAACCUGAAACAAUAAAGACUAGGAUAUGUAGGAGCUUUACUCGACUAUUGGAUAAGAUUAUUUCUGUUAAUGCUCUUGCUAUUUUUAUAGUUUUUAAAAAGCCACUAUUUUGUGGGGUGCAUGUUUCAGAAAUUGAGGUAGCAUGGUAGGCUUCAGACUUAAAGUCACAUUCUUAUGCAUCUGAGCAACACACUGCUCGUGAGGAACAACGUCAUUUCCAGACAACUAUCGUGUUAUCUACGUUCAUAUCAAAGCUGUAUAUUUGCAGAGCAUUAGCAGCGAGUGUUUGCCAUAUGUGAAUCAACCAAGCACAACAAAGAUGAGGCCCACUGAUAGACGGCGGUUUCAUGGUUGCAAAGACACAAGAAAAUGGCUUGUAGCCGACAACAGGGGAAACAUCUUUAUUUAAAGAAUGAUAAAAUA